UUAUUUUCUGUGCGUUGCUUUCUGAUGGGUUCUUCCAUUGCUUUGGCUGAUUCAUGGGCUUUGUUUCCAAAUUUGGAGUGGAGUUACGAUGUGUUUUUAAGUUUUAGAGGAGAGGAUACUCGAUCCAAUUUCACCAGUCAUCUUGUCAUGGCCUUGCAGCAAAAAGGAGUCAAUGUUUUCAUAGACGACAAGCUCAACAGGGGUGAGCAAAUUUCUGAAUCUCUUUUUCGAUCUAUAGAGGAAUCUUUGACUUCUAUUGUUAUAUUCUCGAAAAAUUAUGCAUAUUCUUCUUGGUGUCUGGAUGAGUUGGUGAAAAUAAUGGAAUGUAAGAAAUCCAAGGGCCAAAUAGUUUGGCCAAUUUUCUAUAAGGUGGAUCCAUCGGAUGUACGAAAACAAACUGGAAGUUUUGGAGAAGCAUUUACCACACAUCAAGCUAAGUUCAAGACGAAAAUCCAAAUUUGGAGAGAUGCUUUAACUGCUGCAGCUAACUUGUCUGGUUGGGAUCUAGGAACCAGGAAGGAGGCUGAUCUUAUUCAAGAUCUUAUUAAAGAAGUAUCGUCCAUACUAAAACCUACUUGCAUGUCCUUAUAUGUAGCAAAGUAUCCCGUUGGAAUUGAUUCUCAACUAAAAAAGUUAAGGUCAAACUUCAAUUAUUGGACACAAGAUGAGCCUAGUAUUAGUGUUUACAUGGUGGGGAUAUAUGGGAUGGGAGGCAUUGGUAAGACAACUUUGGCCAAAGCUUUAUACAACAAAAUAGCUUACCAAUUUGAAGCUUGCUGCUUUCUAUCAAAUGUUAGGGAAGCUUCAAAGAAAUUCAAUGGCCUUGUUCAACUUCAGGAAACCUUACUCUAUGAAAUCUUAAAGGUAGAUUUGAAGGUUGACAAUCUUGACAGAGGAAUCAACAUCAUAAGGAAUAAACUACGUUCAAAGAAAGUUCUUAUAGCUCUUGAUGACGUGGAUAAACUUGAGCAGUUAGAAGUAUUGGUUGGUGGACAUGAUUGGUUUGGCGCUGGUAGUAUUAUCAUUGUGACAACAAGAAACCGUCAUUUACUUUCUAUCCAUGAAUUUGAUCAAAAGUAUCGUAUUCAAAGAAUGAAUCUCAAUGAUGCCCUUAAACUUUUUAGUUGGCAUGCUUUUAAGAAAAGUCAUCCACCAAGUACAUAUCUAGACCUUUCAAAACGUGCUACAAGUUAUUGUAAAGGUCAUCCACUGGCUCUUGUUGUUUUGGGUUCCUUCCUUUGUACUAGAUACGACCAAGCAGAAUGGGCAAGUAUAUUAGAUGAAUUUGAAAACUCUUUGAACAAAGACAUCAAUGAUAUUCUUCAAAUAAGUUUUGAUGGACUUGAAGAAAAAGUAAAGGAGAUUUUCCUUGAUAUUUCUUGCUUCCUAGCUGGAGAGAAAGUUGACUACGUUAAGAAUAUUUUGAACGCAUGUCAUUUCAAUGCAGAUUUUGGAAUUAUAGUCCUUAUGGAUCUUUCACUUAUUAUAGUUGAAAAUGAUAAGGUGAAAAUGCAUGAUUUAAUACGACAGAUGGGUAAAAAAAUAGUCAAUGGAGAAUCUUCUGAGCCGGAAAAAAGGAGUAGGUUGUGGUUGGUACAAGACGUUUUGAAGGUGUUAAGUGAUAAUUCAGGAACAGAUGCAAUUAAAGCCAUAAAGUUGGAGUUACCUAAACCCACACGGUUGGAUGUGGAUCCUCGAGCUUUUAGAAACAUGAAAAACCUAAGAUUGUUAAUGGUUGGAAAUGCAAGAUUUUCCACUGAUAUUAAAUAUCUACCGAAUAACUUAAAGUGGAUUAAAUGGCAUGGAUUUGCUCAAAAAUCUUUGCCAUCUUCCUUUAUUACAAAAGAUCUCGUUGGAUUAGAUUUGCAACAUAGCCUCAUCCGAAAUUUGGGGAAAGAAUUGAAGGAUUGUCAAGGGUUGAAGUUCGUUGAUCUUAGUUACUCUACUUCAUUAGAGAAAAUUUCUGACUUCUCUGCAAUAUCGUCAAACUUUAUAGAAUUGUAUCUUAGCAAUUGCACAAAAUUGAGAACCAUUCCUACUUCAAUUGCUUCUCUUGAUAAGCUUGUUGCCUUAAACCUUAAUCAUUGUUUGAAUCUUAAAAAGCUUCCAAACUAUCUCAUGUUGAAGUCUCUUAAAAUUUUGAAACUUGGUUACUGCCAAAAACUUGAGGAACUUCCAGACUUCUCUCCAUCAUCAAAUCUUCAAAAAUUAUAUCUCAAUAAUUGCACAAAAUUAAGAGUGAUUCCCGAGUCUAUUAGAGCUUUAGAUAGUCUUCUCACCUUGGACCUUACAAAAUGCACUAACCUUGAAAAGCUUUCAAACUACCUCGCGUUAAAGUCCCUUGUAUAUUUAAAACUCUCGGGCUGUUCUAAGCUUGAAAAGUUUCCAGAAAUUGAUGAAAACAUGAAAUGUUUAAGGUUUUUGGAUUUGGAUUUCACGGCCAUAAAGGAGCUACCUUCAUCAAUUGGAUGCCUUAAUGAGCUUUCUGUGUUGGACCUUGAAGGUUGCACAAACCUCAUCUCCCUUCCUAGUACCAUUUAUUUGCUACCAAAUCUUCGUCAUCUUCGUCUUAAUGGGUGUUCUAGAAUUGAAAUGUUACCCAAUAAAUGGCAUCCAACCAACGAUCCAGUAUGCUCUUCUCCAAAUCACAAACACUUUGUCGAGUUCACAAUUUCCGAGCUUGAAAAUUGCAAAAUAUCAAAUGCGGAUUUUAUGAACAUGUUGUGUGAUGUCGCCCCUUUCUCAUCUGGUCUACUCUUAUCGGAGAACAAAUUCUCUAAUCGAAUGUUGUCGGAAAAUAAAUCCUCUAGUCCACCUUCAUGUCCCCAUAAGUUUAAGCCGUUAUGGAAUCUCGAGUCGAGAGACUCAAAACUUUCCUCCACGUUCCCAAGAAAUGGAUGCCACUGGUUGUUGAUCGUUGAGUAGAAGAUCAAUCAGGUCAUUACAGGUAUUCAUAGACAUUUCUUCUAAUCAACGGAGAAAUCCUGAAAAGGUGUAGCUAUCGGACUAUAUCAAAUCCAAUGAAGGUUAGCUUUCGAUACUAUCUCAACAUAGAAAGAACUUUGACUACCUAUGUUAUGUUCAAAGUGGACGAAAUAGAAAAGCAACCAGAUCAAGGGCAGACCAUAAUUUCCUUUAACAUAUGUUAUAGUGAUCGACUCAAAAGUUCUUGUAAGAGAGAAUUUCCAUCGGUAACGUCAGAAUAUAUUUGGUUAAUAUCUACUACUUUUUCAAAUUUUAGUACUAAUUCAAUGGCAAAUGACGGGGAAUCAUGUUAUAGUCAUUCUUUGUGGUUAUUGUAACUAUAAAAAAAAAUUUGGUGUCCAGUUGCUGAAGAUGUUAAUGAGAUAGAAAAUGAUGUUGGAUGGUCAGGGAUAAUUUAUACAAAUUUUGAUCGACCCGAAGAAUUGCCAUGCUCGAUGAGUGAAAUGACAUCCUUACCAACUUUAUUGGUU